AUGAUUGUUGCUACAAAUCGGCUCUUGAAGCGCCUUGAGCGGCUUCGUAAUAAAGCCGAUCGUAUGGUAAUGGGUGAUUCAGUAGGCUAUGAGUAUGCUCCUCUAAUUGCAUCUUCAUCCUUCAAACGUCUCUGCAAGAAAGCAAUGUCCGUAUGUAUAAUUGACCCCUUAUGGAGAAUUGUGCACCUUUCAGCUCCUGAAUUGAUCGCAUUUCUUCUAGAAGAAAAAGGGUAUGCGUCUUUAAAUGUUUAUUGGUUGAAGUCUUUACCUAAGCUCCUUCAUGAGCUUCAGACUGUUGUAACUGGUCUAGAAGACAGCAGAAAAUGGGGGAUUUUGGAUAGGUAUAUGUGGGAUGAGGUGAAUAAAGAUGAAGAAGUGAAGGGUAUGUUAGAAAAGAUUAAAGGUACAUUAGCUGAUUACUUUCCUGUUCUCAUUAAUGAAGCUCCAAGAGUCUGUGGUGCAAUAGAGGAAUUGGGAACAGUGAUUGAUGUAAUGUUAAUACUUUGUUGUGAGUUUAUAGACUCAGAUGAGGAAUUUGUUGUGUUUGAUGUUAUAUCAAGAAGAAUACUUGAGUCUGGAUUUACACAGAGACAACUUGAAUUACUCUCAUUGGCAGGCAGAUUACCAUUGAAACGGAACAUAGGUGCAGAAGAAGCUGUGGUAGGGUUUGAGGAUGAUACAAUAAAGCUACUAGAGAGGCUUACCGGAUCUUCAAAGAAGCUUGAGGUUGUCCCAAUUGUAGGCAUGGCAGGGCUGGGUAAAACUACCUUGGCCCAAAGAAUAUAUGGGGAUCCUUAUAUAGUCUAUUUCUUUGAUAUUCGUUCCUGGGCUUGUGUUUCUCAAGAAUAUGUUAAGAGGGAUCUUUUACUCGAUUUGAGUUCUACUCUUCAGCUUAGGAACAGAACCUAUAGCAUGAGUGAUGAGCAGUUAGGUGAGCAAAUCUACAGAGGAUUGAAGGGUCAAAAAUAUCUGGUGGUGUUGGAUGAUAUUUGGGAUAAUAGAGCCUGGAAGGAUUUGAAAAUAUAUUUUCCAGAUGACAGAAAUGGAAGUAGGAUACUGUUGACCAGCCGAAACAUAGAUCUGAAUUUGGAAGCAGCAACUGUUGUUCCACCUCAUAUGUUGCGCCUUCGAACAGCACGUGAAAGUUGGCGUAUAUUACAAAUGAUGGUUUUCAAAAAUGGAAUGUGCCCUUGGAGAUUAUAUGAUGUUGGGAAGCAGAUAUCUAGCAAAUGUUGGGGCUUGCCUCUUGCGGUUUCUAUAACUGCAGGACUUCUCAGAAGCAGGUGGACAAGAGCCUCUUGGAAGGAUGUUGCUGAAAGUCUAAGUAAUUACAUUGUCAGUGACCCACACCAGUACAUGGAUACUCUAGCUUUAAGUUACAACCAUUUACCUCCACAUUUAAGACCAUGCUUUCUCUAUCUAGGAAAAUUUCCUGGAGAUUGUGAUAUCCCAGUGAAUAAACUGAUUUGGUUAUGGGUUGCUGAGGGAUUCAUAGAUCAAAUUGGGAGUAGAACUUUGGAGGACAUGGCAGAGGGUUACUUGAUGGAUUUACUCCAGAGAAGUCUGGUAAUGGUUUCCAAGAAAGGGACUGAUGGACAAAUCAAAGCAUGUCAUGUCCAUGACCUAUUGCGCAGUUUUUGCUCAUGGAAAGCAAAUGAAGAGAGGUUUUCUCCUAUAAUAUACAGGUAUGGCCGUGUGUCUUCAGCAUUUUCUCCUGCUGCAGCUGCAGAAAGUAAAACAUAUCCAUCACAUGGCAGGUCCUUAGAACAUUCUACCCAACAUGUUAACUUCAUUUUCUGUUGUCCCAUAGAAUUGGGUGAAUCUUUUCAAGUGGGUAAACCUUUUGACUAUGAGACAUACAAAUUUCUUAGGAUAUUGGAUAUCGAGUCCAUCUCUAUUUUCUCAUUUCCUAGGGAAGUAACAAAACUAGUUGAUUUGAGAUAUCUAGCCAUUCAAGCUGAAGAUGGGAAUCCCCCGGCAUCAAUAUCCAACCUCAUACACCUACAAACCCUCAUCAUAUCAUCAAGUAGGAAUAUUGUUGUGCCUAGAAGUACAUGGGAUCUGGGACAUCUUAGACAUCUUUAUAUCAAGUCAGGGGAAAAUCUCAUUGAAGAUGUUUCUUCUAACAAAUUCCCAGGAAAUGAUUGCUAUGACCGGGUAUUAGACGGUCUACAGACUAUUUCAGCUGUUUGCCCUUCACCUUCGUGCCUAGAUAUUCUUUCCAGAACUACCAAUCUUAGGAAGCUUGGUUUUUGUGGACCUUUAGUGUCGACUUUAGGGGUCUUGGAGUUUCCAAAUAUAUGCUAUUUGAACUGCCUUCAAAGGUUGAAGUUAUCAAAUACGAAGAUCUAUCAUGCAGCAGUGAAGUCAUGCAGUCCUCUUAUGUUUCCUGAAACGCUUACGAGACUAACCUUAUCAGAUACUGCCCUGGACUGGAACGAGGUUCGGACAAUUGGGUUGCUACCAAAACUUGAAGUUUUAAAAUUGAAUGUUAAUGCCUGCAUCGGACAAAGAUGGGAAACAAGUGACAAGGGCUUUGCAAACCUCAAGCUCUUGAAAUUACAAGACUUGGAUAUUGUAAAUUGGGAAACUUCAAGUGCUCACUUUCCAAGACUUCAACGGUUGGUUGUGCGUUGUUGUUUAAGACUUGAAGGGAUUCCAACUAGUAUUGGUGAAAUCUUACCACUAGAAUUGAUUGAGGUAAGUUGGUGUGGCGAAUCUACCUCUCAAUCUGCAAGAACUAUUCAGAAAGAACAAGAGAGAAACGGAAACGAUUUCCUAAAAGUCAUUACUUGGGUGCACAGAGAUCUGCAACGAAAGAGGAAAAGACGAAGUUAUGAAUGAUUAUUAUCUCCCCUCUUCACUAUCAACUCAAUGGAGAUUGCAUCAAGUUAUGAUUUGAAGGAUACAGGUGAGAAGACUCGAGGUGGGUCAGGAAAGUGAUACGAGUCAUGAUCCGUUGUAUCAACGGAAGACAUCAAUCCUUAUUUUGUAAAAUCUUUUGCUAUUGUAAUUUU